CAGCACCAGCUUAGGACCAAGGGCAAUGAGGAAUCUCACGUGCUUUCAGUGGUUCUUUUCCAUGGUGUUGCCUGUAUUCAUUGCAGAUUUCACACUCGGGUCUCUUCUCUUUCAUGGCAGUAUUCAUGACAUAAUGGGGCAUCUGCGACUCUGUUCUUAUGUCUCACUACUCAGAUGGGCACUGUGUAUUAUGCAUAGUAUUUCUGAACUUAGGCUGUGGGGACUUUAUUAUAGUGAUCAUGUUCUUAACCAAGUAAUUUAGUGUCUGUAUUUGCUCAGCAACAUCUAAUUUUACCAUCCAGUCAAGUUCAGCGGUGUCAGUGAUAAUGGAACUUUAUGUACGCAGUGUCAUUGUCGCUGUGGUGUUCCCCGGAGAUCAGAGAGACUAGAGACAAAGUGAAUGAGACAAAUUCUCCACCUGUUAGGUCACCUGCAUGCAUUUGCAGAUGGAUGUUUCAUCUAAACACACCAAGGGCUUCCUGCAUGGCAUCAAACUGUACUUAAACGGUCUCCCCAGCCCCGAGCGUCUCCUUGGUGCUGAGAACGUCGCAUCCCCAGAGGGCCAAUCUCCUGACUAGGACAAAGCAUCUCAGCUUGUUGCUCGGCUCCACCCCAGCCGCGGCCUCUGCUGGAGCUUGACGGGGCCUGCUAUCACAAGGGGCCAGACUUAGCCACAGCCACCCGGCAGCAUUUGGCCACCAACGUCAACCUCAGGAUUAAACCAAAAGACAAAGGGGGAAGGAACCAUGUUCCAGGCCAAGGGACCAGCCAGCGCGACCUCCACUCACGAGGCAAAGAGCAACUCUGGAGGCAGCACGGUGCAGCGUUCCAAGUCGUUCAGCCUGAAAGCCCAGGUGAAGGAGAUGUGCGCGGCCUGCCAGAAACCCGUCUACCCCAUGGAGCGGCUGGUGGCCGAUAAAUUCGUCUUCCAUAACGCCUGCUUCUGCUGCAAGCACUGCCAUGCCAAGCUCAGCCUGGGCAGCUACGCGGCGCUGCACGGCGAGUUCUACUGCAAGCCCCACUUCCAGCAGCUGUUCAAGAGCAAAGGCAACUACGACGAGGGGUUCGGGCGCAAGCAGCACAAGGAGUUGUGGGUGCACAAGGAGGUGGAGAGCGGGACCAAAACGGCUUGAUGGGGCCCGUUCCCGUCCCCCCCCGCGCCAACCCCCGAAGGGGCAACGUGGAGCGUACAGCUGAACCGAGGGCUGACUGAGCUGCUGUAAAGCAAAGAUGACCAGCAGGGGGCAGAUGCCACCUGGCUCCAAACAGCCACAUGGCCGGGGCAUAGGGGGGUGUCCUUUGGCAGGUGGGUGCUGGGAAACGCAGGGCUCACUGGGAACGGUUGGAGGGGGCCGACCUGACUGGAGGAUAAGCCUUGAGAGCAGGUGCUUGGUGGGAGAGGGUCAGGGCUGGCCUGCGUGUAUCUGUGAAUAUCUCUAUGGCCCCCCCCUUGCAGAAAUCAGGGAAGAGCCACUGGGUGCCCGCCAGACGAGCAUGCAAAGUGCACUUCCUUUAACCCCGUCCCCAUUCACGAAGCCCAGGUGUCUGCUGCUCUGGAGAAGGAAGCAGCUGGGAGCCUACAGAGCCAGUGCCUGGUGUUAGCUGCCCCCCUCCCACUCCCGACCUGCUGCCGGUGCUGGCGUGAGUAGCGGGGGGAGGGCGGGGUCGCUCUUUGGUUUGCAGCAGCUCAGGCCAGCUGAGGUGGUUCAGCCUUCCCGAAGUUGCCCCGUGACCGUUUAACGUUGUCUGUCUGGUUUUUCUAUUUGCCUUUGACUGGUACGUUCUGCACCAGGCUGUGGCCACGUGCUUUUUUUGAUUAUUUUUGUAAUACAGGGUUUCCGAGUCUUG